CGUGACAUGUGUUUACAUCCUCUCUCAGCUGUUCUUUGUUGCUGUUCCUCACGCCGACUCGUCUUUAGUAUUUUUACCUUUUCUGCGAACAGUACAGCAAGCUUAGCGGGAUUAAGUUUGACGAAAAGCUUUGAGAAGAAGCUACAGACAGCUAAAAAUGUUUGUCACUGAGUGACGCAUCCAGGAGUGAGUGUUAAUGCGACACACGGCAUUGUCCAUUGCUGUCUGGAGAUGACCAGUAUUUGAACUGACUCUAGAGGAUUUGGAGCGGCGGGACUCUUCAGUCAGCCGUUCAUCUCCAUGCCAAUAUAAGGAGGUGUUACUCAUUCUGAGUACACAUUCGGCUCCUUUAAUUCUCUUCUCGCUUCACCAUGGGGGGAGCUGUGAGCGCUGGGGAGGACAAUGAUGACCUCAUCGAUAAUCUCAAAGAGGCCCAGUAUAUCCGCACAGAAAAAGUUGAACAGGCCUUUCGGGCCAUAGACCGCGGAGAUUAUUAUCUGGAUGGCUUUCGGGACAGUGCUUACAAAGACUUGGCAUGGAAGCAUGGCAACAUCCACCUAUCUGCUCCGUGUAUAUACUCUGAGGUGAUGGAAGCUCUCAAACUGCAGUCAGGACUUUCUUUCCUCAAUCUUGGCAGUGGAACUGGUUACUUGAGCACAAUGGUCGGUCUUAUCAUAGGGCCAUUUGGUGUGAACCAUGGUGUUGAGCUCCAUAAAGACGUGGUUGAAUAUGCGAGAGAGAAACUGGAUGAAUUCAUAAAGAACAGUGACAGCUUUGAUAAGUUUGAGUUUUGUGAACCCGUCUUUGUGGUGGGGAAUUGCUUGGAAAUCGCAACGGACAGCCACCAGUAUGAUCGCAUUUAUUGUGGGGCAGGAGUGCAGAAGGAUCAUGAAAAUUACAUGAAAGUACUGCUGAAAAUUGGAGGCAUUCUGGUGACACCAGUAGAGGAUCAGCUGACCCAGAUAACCAGGACUGGCCAGUGCACAUGGGAGAGUAAAAACAUCUUGGCUGUGUCGUUCGCUCCAUUGGUGCAGCAGAGCAGAGCCGAAGGAGAGAAGCCCGAUACUGUUCAUCUGCCCCCUGUGACCGUCCGGAGUCUUCAGGAUCUGUCUCGGAUCUACAUACGCCGCACUCUCCGAAACCUGGCCAAUGAGGACAGUCAGGCCAAAGGGCUGAUGCAAAGAAUUCCCCAGAAACGCAAACGUAGGCGGUGUCGCCGGCGGCGCAUCAACACGUACAUUUUUGUAGACAGCCAGCCUAUACCCCAAAUGGUUGAGAGCGAAGAAGAGGAACACAAUGAAGAGGAGCACAAAGAGGUGGAGGAAGAGGAGGAGAGAGACAUUGGCGACAUUGAAAUCCUUAAACAAGUCAACGUGUUGAGAGACCAAAUAAUGGCUUUGCCACUGCCUGAGUCACUUAAAGCGUAUUUGUUGUAUUACCGAGAGAAAUGACUGAUUCACUUGAGUUCUGUUCUUAAUGAGUGCAGCACCAGCUGAAACGCUUUUCUUUGUCCCCUUUUCAGUAUAAAUGUAGCAUUAUUUCCAUUCAGUUCGAUGGCGAAGCUAUGACGGGAAGGAGACGUCAUCUUAAACAAUUUUGAGAGUAAUAUUCUCAUGACCGUUGUUAGCUUAUGUCAUUUUCUUUUGAUUUGUGUUUCAACAACUUGUAUUCAAAAAAGUAAACAAAGUACAAAUAGUUUUCAAAAACUCGUUUUGAGAUUCAGAUUUUAUCACAGUCUCAGAACAUCUGCACGUGUGCAGAUUGCAAAUUGUAUAAAGGCAAAACUUCCUAUAUUUGUUAAGAUGUGUCAAAAAAGACUUUUAUCGCACCUUUUGUAGUAGCUUUAACUUCCUAUGAAAGUGUGGCCCUUUUGUGAUGCUGAAAAAGAGCAAAAUACAGUAAAUGGAGCCACGUCCUCCCAUUCUGAGUCAUUAUUUUUUCUACAGGACACCUUUUUAAUCAAACUUUUCUACACGGUGUUUAAAUAAUUGCGUUGUGUCACUUUGCAUAAGUCUAAGUGACAAACUGACUCGUGUAGAUUUGUUUUACGUCUCUGAAAUAGCAGUUUUACAAUGACAUGCCCACUAUUUCCAUGUUGUUUUUCAUUUCCAUUGUCGAUUCAAAUAAUCAUUUAAUACCAUAAUGAUCAGAGGUUUCAAAUAAGGGUGAUGGGUGUGUAAUUAUUUCAGGAUUUUGUUGUUUGUUUGUUGUUUUUUGUUUUUUUUUUAAAGAGGGAACUGGCAAAGAGGAAACGAUAACGAUCAUAAGAGUACAUGCAUGACUAUAGUUUGUACAUCUUGGGUGUUGCUCCGUUUUCUUAACGUCAAAUAUAGCUUUCUACGUAAUUGGUUGCUGGAGGUGCUGUACCAACCGAGUGUGACGUGUUUUGAGAAGAAAAGUUAAAUUCAAUCAUUUUUAUGGCCUUCAGACGUUUAAGUUCUUUGUUUUCUUAUUUUGGACACCGAUGCAGAAUCUCAACAGUGACAUUCAUGUAUCUGGGCCUCAGCCUUUGAUAUUGAGAGACGCCUGGGUCGUGACGUCAAUGGACAGAGGUGUUUUCUGAUGCCUUUGCAGGAGAACAGAGGUCUUAGUCUUUAGGGUACCAAUGCUGGCUGACGUAGUGUGGUUGUGAGACUUGGACACUAACCAGUGACCUAAGGCGAGAACUCAUGUCUUUGAUCCCAGGUCUCUUAGAGGAUCCUUUGGUACCACUGGAAUGACUUUGUGUCAAACAAGCGGUUACUUACAGUAGAGACACUGAUGAGGGGUAUCUCUUGUGUUGUGAGAGAGCGUCAGCUGUGAAAUUUUGGCCAUGUGUUUCUGUGGGUGUGAGAAUGCCAGUAAAUGGUCAAUAAAUGGGCUAUAUGUAGGAGCUUUUCCAUCUGAAGUAGAUGCUCAAAAGCAGAAUGACGCCUCUCAUUCACCCAUUCAUACCUUCCAUGCGAGGCGCUCAACUUAGUGAUUUGGCAGUCUGAUGGGGAUUUGAACCGAGAAUCCUCUGGUCACGAGCCUACUGCUUUAACCACUAGACCAUCACCUCCCCCUGACAUCACAGUGGCUGGAGAAGGCCAAGGGAACGCCCAUGUUUAAUCUGGCUGUAGCCGAUAGAUGGUUACAUUUGGGAGGUGGGGAUGGACCUGUUGUCUGUCUGGGUGAUUUCCAUCCAGUAUCCUAGGCUGUUCCAUUUUGUAGUGGUUGCGGUAACACGUCACACCAAUGUGUGCUCCCAGACCAGACCUGAAUGCAAACUCAGAAUAUUGAGGAUUUUGAAGCCUUUUUUAUCCUGGAUUGUGCAAUUGUCCACUUAAGCACCUUAAUUCUCAAGGUCUCAACUGAAAAUAGGUGCCAUUUUUUUUUUUUUUUUAAGCUGUUGCUUGAAAUGUAAAUCCUCUUUGCUAGCACAACACCCCUGGUGGAAUCAGAGUUUCAGUGCCAACGUACGUACCCCAACACGCUGCAAUUUCUGUGACUUCUCUGGCACCGGAAUUUACCCAAAUGUUCUAUCUCCACCAAACAUCCACCCAUCCAUUUUUUUUAAACCUGCUUAUUCCAGUUAAGGGUUACAUUCCAGAGUUAAAAUAUAAAUAAAAUGAACAGCACGCUACCAUAGAUGUCCUGUUUUCUUCAUGCUUUAGUUUUCCAGAAUUUCUUCAUCUUACUUUGAGUGCAUCAUUUAAUAUUCCAAAAGCUCAGUUGAAUGUUGUUAAUAGUAAUUCUAUUUAGUAUAAAGGUGAGAUCUAUGUACUGUUGACCAUAAGAUAUGAUUUAAGUUGCAUUUGGUUUGUUGUAGCACCCUCUUGCUGUACUGUAUCUUGACACUGGGAUCUCUGUAGUUUUAAACUCCACUGCUGUCUGUUAAAUAUUAGCUCUAGAUCUUCAUUUUGUUCUGGUGUAAUGAAAAUAUUUAGUUUUAAAUGGGACAGAUUAUUCUGUGAGUAGUUUUGUGUGAACAGGUAACAUUUAUUUUCUGUAAGUUUAUUUUUUACAUUCACUGGAAAGCUUUGCAAAUAAGCAAUAACAGUAUAAUUUGUCAUCUUAUAAUUACCGAUAACAUAGCUCCAUUUAAUUUGUGUGGGAUUCAUUAAAAUUCACAUGACCGAUUACAGGCGUGCAACAGUUUAUAUACCAUUAUCUGGAAAAGUAAUUGGCAGUGAGAGAGCUCAUUAAGUAUUAAAAGCAGGGAACCUAUAGCCUUGGCUCUCGGGUCACACCUUGCACCAAAAUUAAUGGGGCAGAUGUGAUUACAUUAAUGUGGAUGAGAUUGGACUUGUAAUAUAAAUUGCACCCAACAAACAUUUAGUCAUAUCCAAUUUUGCCAUCACAUUAAGUUUAGUUGUUAAGAGCCCAAACUAUUCUGUUACUGUUUAUUGGGCCGAGAUUAUUUCCUCAUAAGAGUGUGUCAUUUUGAAGCGUGUUGUUUCUCCGUAAGUGUUUGGCACAAAAAUAAAGGUAACAAUCA